GCUCACUCCCCUUUUUUAUUUUUUUCCCUUUAUAAACAGGUUCCUUAAUGGCCCUGUUUAUUCCUUUUUCUUCUUUUUGUUAUGGUUCAGCAAAGUGACGCAGAAACAGAAUCACUUACCUUGACUGAAGAUAUUGUAUUAAAGCAAGUCGUCAAGGAUGAUUCAGAAUCAGAUAAAGAACUCAUCCUUUUUUCUCUUAAUGAGUCACUUCUUAUGCACAAAGAGAUGGUCGAACGUGUGCAGAACGAGAAAGACGAUGUUGAAGACGACUAUGAACAAGAAAGACGGGAACGAGAGGCAAAAAUAAAUGAAGCAAAGAGAACAUUGGAGGAGAAACAACGAGAACAAGGUCAGAAGCGAGACAUGCUCGAGACACAAGCUGAACAACUCAAAAGGGAGCUCGCAUCCCGAGAAACAGAAUAUCGACGUAUGGAAAGUAAAUUUCAAUCACAUAUGCGAUCAACGAGAGCGAGUGAUGAUGACGUCUCUACCAUCCAAAGAGACCUGGGCUCAUUGCUUCAAGAUAUCAGUGACCUUUGUGAAAAGGUCCCUUCUGAUUUUGAUCAUCAGAGUAUUGACAAAGAAAAGGAUGCUGAGACGAGAUGGCUAGUCGAGAAAUGGGUGGUUCAGGUCAUGAUAGACGAUAUCUUGAACAAACCUAUUCAACCGGGCGUUGUGAUCAAUAGCGCAUUUGGAAGGAUUUUUGAAUGGGUCAAGAAACGAAAUAUAUCCUGGGCUGUACGUAUGAGACAGCAAAUAACAACGUUUAUAGUGCGACAAUCCAAUGACGAUAUUGAACAAGCCAAAAAGGAAAUUGUAGAAAAGAUUAUGGUUGUUCUUCAUUUUGCAGCACAGUCAGAUAUAGUCAAUUUAGUAGAUAGGGCAGUGAGGUUAAAUUUAGCCUUAAAAUGCCAAGAGGCCCUGGUUGAGAUAAUGCCUAUUCAAGAAGGUGGUUCAUUUGACUCACAGAUAAUGAACUCAGUGACAGAGGAGGAAGGAUUGAUUAGUCUGGUGAUUGUACCUCCUUUUAUGGUAAAAGAAGCGGAUCAUCGUUUUAUUUUGUUAAUUCCUGCCAAAGUGCAUUGUGUUCCUUUUAAAUAAAAUUUAUUGUAGCUCCGAGUCUCUCUCUUUCUUUCUUUUGUUU